CACCUGGACUUUACGUCAUGUGAAGUUUAAGACUCCAAGGGUCGAAACCGAUGGUCGAAACAUUUCUGUUGUUGGUGAACUGGCGUUGUUAUUCAAUGCUCUGAUCAGACUAAAACGGGCUCUCGUCCAGCUCUCAGCGUGAAGCUUGUCUGUGUGUAAAAAUGUUGACGCCAGAACCUGAUGGAACCUUCAGCCACGUUAAUACGUUUGAGAAACUGUCGUGGAGGCCCUCCGUCCGCGACUCAGGCAACAAGAAACGAGCUCGGUGGCUUCAGGCUCGACGAAUCUUCUCGCCCAGCUGCCCCAACCUGCGGAUCCCUAACAGGUUUCUCAGAGAAGGACACUGUAUACCGCCUGCCCGCAGUGGACACCGCUGUGUUGCAGACAACACUAACUUGUAUGUGUUUGGAGGAUACAACCCUGACUUUGAGGAGGCAGGCGGGUCAGAAAAUGAAGACUACCCUCUUUUCAGGGAGCUUUGGCGGUUUCACUUUGCCACAUCCACGUGGCAGCAGGUUCGCACAGAAGGCUACAUGCCAACAGAGUUGGCGUCCAUGUCUGCUGUCUUACACGGGAACAACCUGAUUGUUUUUGGUGGAACCGGGAUUCCUUUCGGUGAAAACAACAGUAAUGACGCCCACGUCUGCAAUGUUCAAUACAGACGAUGGAACCUGCUCAGCUGCAGAGGGAAGAAACCCAAUAAGAUCUACGGACAGGCGAUGGCUAUCAUAAACGGCUACCUGUAUGUGUUUGGAGGGACAACUGGCUACCUGUACAGCACCGACCUGCACCGGCUGGAUCUGACCACCCGAGAGUGGACCCACCUUAAACCCAACAACAAACCAUCAGAUCUCCCUGAGGAGAGGUACAGACAUGAGCUGGCUCAUGACGGACAGAAAAUAUACAUUUUAGGAGGAGGAACUUCUUGGAUAUCGUAUCCACUGGAUAAAAUUCAUGCAUAUAACUUGGAGACCAAUUACUGGGAAGAAAUUGUUACUAAACCUUUUGAGAAAAUAGGAUACCCUGCGGCCCGUAGGUGUCACAGCUGUGUUCAGUUCAAAGAUGAGGUUUUUAUAUGUGGAGGCUAUAACGGAGGACUGAUACUGUCCGACCUGUGGAAGAUAAACCUUCAGACUUUCCAGUGGACGAAGCUUCCUGCCGUCAUGCCAGAACCAGCCUACUUUCACUGUGCAGCGGUCACUCCGGCAGGUUGUAUGUACGUCCACGGCGGGGUUGUCAACAUGUCUGGCAACCAGCGGACUGCGUCUCUGUAUAAAGUGUGGCUGGUGGUGCCCAGUCUGCUGGAAAUGACCUGGGAGAAACUGCUGAAAACAUUCCCUAACUUAACCCAGCUGUCCACCCUGCAGCUGCUCAGCCUCGGACUCACACACACUUUAAUUCAGAGGCUCAAAUAGACUGACUGAUGGUAGCAAGUAGGUAAAAAAAAAAAAAAAAAGCUUGAUGAUGUCUGAUUGUUUUGAAAACAAUUUUUCUAAGGUCACUCUUGUGAUUCUGUCAGAUUUUCAUGUUUCCUUCAUGAACAGCAGUUUGAGCUGAUUUCAACCUUCAUGCAUGUUUUGGUUUUUGUAACAUUUUAUUUUUGGUCACAGAAACUUGUGAAACCUGAUGGAAAAUAGUGAAACUGUCCAAACAUUAGCUGUUUAAAGGUAAAGUGACUUUUAGAAGUGUGAUUUUAAGCUGGCGAUGAACCAAUUUCACCAUGUAUAAAAUGAAUCCUGCUGUUG